AAAAUUCUGUUUCUAGAUAAUGUGACCGAAUGUUUUAAAUUAAACUCGAGAACGGUAUUUUCGACUGUCAUGUUGUUAGUGAAAAUAUUAACUCUUAUGAUUAGUUUUAACAACCUGAACGGCGACAAAGCUUCUGAAAGUCAUCGCUCAAGGCACAGACGCUCCAUCCCUUCCCCUAGUGAUGCGAAGUUAGUUCUCGAUAAACAUAAUGAGUUUCGAGCUACUAUUGGCAGCGAAGGAGAGGAACCUAUACCGUCUAAUAUGCGUGUUAUGACAUGGGAUGAUGGUCUAGCUGUUACAUCACUUAGAUAUGCGAAGAACUGUGUAUGGGGACACAGUAAGUUAGGGGAAAGAAAAACAAAGAUAUGGAAUAAAGAAAAUGGUGAAAAUUUGUGGGCUGCCACGGGCGAUCUAGCAGAUAACUUUGAUCCAGUGAGACCAGUACAAGUUUGGUUCGAUGAAUAUGUGGAUUAUGAUUUCCAUAACCAUACGUGCACACCUAAGAAGAAAUGCGGCCACUACACUCAAAUUGUGUGGGCAAAUUCGUAUAAACUUGGAUGUGCUUGGAAUUUGUGUCCUAUACUCCGAGCGGAAGGACAAGUCAUGGAAGGAGCAAUGUACAUGGUGUGUCAAUACGCUCCAGGCGGUAACGUGCUCGGAGAAAACUUGUACAAGAUAGGCGAACGAUGCGCAGACUGUGGAUCCAAGGAUACAUGCCCUGACGAUGCGUUAUGUCAUAACGAGAAGAGAGAUAUCAUAUUCCCACUUGAUAACAAUGCAGAUAUUAUAGCAAGCGCCCUCGUUGGGGUUGUACUUGUGCUCGUAGGUGCUGGAAUUGUCGGUUAUUACUGGUACACUCAUUAUGCUGACAAGUCUAGCAUAUUAAUAGCGUGGAGGAAACGACGGCGAGUGUCUUCUGUUGUCGAUAUAGAUUAUAACAAAAACGGAUUGCGGAACAGUCGAGCAGUAACCGAAAAGAAUGGAAAUGCACAAAGCGACGCAGUUGAUAAUUCAGCUCCUCCGCCAACUGACGAGAAAGGAAAAGACUCAUUAUCAACAGAAUGAUCGCCAAAACAUCAAAAUUGAUUUAAUUUGCAGUAUUGAACCACAGUUAAAUAGAUUUACGUUUCUGACCACUGCCGAGUAAGACUUUGUAUAUAAACGUUAAACUGUCGCGACCGAACAACACCAUAUAUAUAGUAGGGGUUGGGUAAGAUGAGACGUGUUUUCAUUCUAUUUUAUUAACCCAUUUAGUAAUAAACAAAGAACAUUUCAAGAAUUAUAUAACCGUAUCCGUACGAUGCUAAUGAGGCGUCUUUAAUCGUUAAAAAAGAAAGGAAAAUAUUGGAUAUAUGUGCUUUAUACGGUAACGAUAUUCUUAUUCUACAUUACGAUAUGUUAAUUUUUUAAAUGAUGGUUUGUUUCGGAAUGCAAUAAGCUCUUGUUUAAUAAAUAUGCACAAU